AUGCCCGAGGGGGUAUCCAUGGGCGGGGUGGGAAGACGCGAGUGCCGUGGGAGGGCGAGCAGCUGGACGCUGGACCCCGGACCCCGCACCCCGCUCCUGCCCGGGCUGGCGCCCGCCCUCCCCAGACUUGACGGGGUGGGAGUGAAGCCAGAUCCCACUCUUUCGUUUUCGUUUCCGGGAAGGAAAGCGCUUACCGAAGCGCCCGCGUGUCUGCUCGCCUCGCUGGCAGAUCCUCGGCGGUUCCCUCCUACGCACCUUCCACCCGGGUCUUCAGGCCCAGUGACGGGGUUCAGGGGAGGGGCGGCGAGCGGCGGCCCCAGACGUCCUGCAGCGCCCCUCAAUGCAGCGCCCCCAGGGAGGCCCCGCGCCUCGCCCGCCUCCACCUACAAUGCAGAUGGCAUUUACGUGUUUGCUUACUUAUUUCUAAUUUGCUCCUGGCCCCACAGAUUCUCUUCUGUCCUCUCACAAGAACAGAUUCCAGAGGGAGCAGUGGCCAGUUCUCCUCUGUGCUCCACAGCACAUACAACACCUCCCGCCACUCAGGCCCCAGCCAGACGUGAUGUUCAAGCGCACCCGCUGAGGAAGGGGAGGAUCUGUAAACUGCCUGGGAGCCUCCGCAUCCAGCCCGCGCUCUGGAGCAAGGAGGACGUGCUGCACUGGCUGCGUUGGGCGGAGCAGGAGUUCGCUCUGCAGCGCACCCUUGCGCAAGGGUUCGAGAUGAACGGCCGCGCCCUGUGCAUCCUCACCAAGGACGACUUCCGGCACCGAGCCCCUGCUUCAGGUGACAUCCUGUAUGAGCUGCUCCAGUACAUCAAGACCCAGCGGCGGGCCCUGGUGUGCAGGCCCUUUUUUGGAGCGAUCUUCAGACAGAAGAUGCCCAUACAACAGCCUCCCAGCCUCCUGCAAGACUGCCGGCUGCUGUGGAAUUACGUGUACCAACUCCUCUCUGAUACCAGGUAUGAACCCUACAUUAGAUGGGAAGACAGAGAUGCCAAGAUCUUUCGAGUUGUGGAUCCAAAUGGACUUGCGAGACUCUGGGGAAACCACAAGAACCGGGUGAACAUGACCUAUGAGAAAAUGUCCCGCGCCCUGCGCCACUACUACAAACUGAACAUCAUUAAGAAAGAGCCUGGGCAGAAGCUUCUGUUCAGAUUCCUGAAGACGCCUGGGAAGAUCAUCCAGGACAAGAGUAGUUGUGUCGAGCGAAGAGCCAGGAGUGAUGGGGUGGAUUUCAGUGAAGACAUGCUGCAGGUCUCUCCAUGA